AAAAGCGCCGGCCCGAGGGCCAGCGCAGGGCCGCCUAGGUGAGCGUGCUGAGGAGGCAGCUGCGUAGCUUUCCAGCCCCCACCAUGCCGUGGCCGCUGCUGGUGCCUCUGCUGCUGUUGCUGGCUGUGAGUGGAGCCCAGACGACACGGCCAUGCUUCCCUGGGUGCCAGUGUGAGGUGGAGACCUUCGGCUUGUUUGACAGCUUCAGCCUGACUCGAGUGGACUGCAGUGGCCUGGGCCCCCACAUCAUGCCCGUGCCCAUCCCUCUGGACACAGCUCACCUGGACCUGUCCUCCAACCGGCUGGAGAUGGUGAACGAGUCGGUGCUGGCCGGGCCAGGCUACACUACACUGGCCGGUCUGGACCUCAGCCACAACCUGCUCACCAGCAUCUCACCCACUGCCUUCUCCCGCCUCCGCUACCUGGAAUCGCUUGACCUCAGCCACAAUGGCCUGGUAGCCCUGCCAGCUGAGAGCUUCACCAGCUCCCCCCUGAGUGACGUGAACCUUAGCCACAACCGGCUCCGGGAGGUCUCCAUAUCUGCCUUCACCACACACAGCCAGGGCCGUGCACUGCACGUGGACCUCUCCCACAACCUCAUCCACCGCCUGCACCCCCACCCUGCUCGGGCCAGCCUGCCCGUGCCCACGAUCCAGAGCCUGAACCUGGCCUGGAACCGGCUCCGCACAGUGCCCAGCCUCAGAGACCUGCCCCUGCGCUACCUGAGCCUAGAUGGGAACCCUCUAGCCAGCAUUGGCCCAGAUGCCUUCACAGGGCUGGGAGGCCUUACACACUUGUCACUAGCCAGCCUGCAGGGUCUCCCCCAGCUGGCGCCCCACAGCUUCCAUGAGCUGCCGGGCCUGCAGGUCCUGGACCUAUCAGGCAACCCCAAGCUCACGUGGACAGGAGCGGAGGUGUUCUCAGGCCUGGGCUCACUGCAGGAACUGGACCUGUCAGGCACCGGCCUGGUGCCUCUGCCAGAAGUGCUGCUCCACCACCUCCCAGCUCUGCAGAGCGUAAGCGUGGGCCAGGAUAGGAAGUGUCGGCGCCUGGUACGGGAGGGCGCCUACCCACGGCAGCCUGGCUCCAGCCCCAAGGUGGCACUGCACUGUGGAGACACCCGGGAAUAUGUUGCCAGGGGCCCAGACAUCUUGUGA